CUGGAACUUGCUCAUCUGGCCACCAUCUGUCUCUGCAGGUGUCAUGUGAUUCUCCGAGGGCGCUGCUGUGUGAGUGGAAAUGCUCUCAGUGGUGGAGAAUGGACUGGACCCCCGGGCUGCCAUCCCGGUCAUCAAGAAGAAGCUAGUGGGAUCCGUGAAGGCAUUGCAGAAGCAGUAUGUGUCCUCGGACAUGGUGGUCACUAGUGAAGACGGAGAUGCCAACGCCAUGUGCAGUGCCCUGGAGGCCGUAUUUAUCCACGGCCUGCACGCCAAGCACAUCCGCGCCGAGGCCGGAGGGAAAAGGAAGAAAAGCGCCCACCAGAAACCUCUUCCUCAGCCUGUCUUCUGGCCCCUCCUGAAAGCCGUCACCCACAAACACAUCAUCUCGGAAUUGGAGCACCUGAUCUUUGUGAGCACGGACGUGGGCCGCUGCCGGGCCUGGCUGAGGCUGGCCCUCAACGAUGGCCUGAUGGAGUGCUACCUGAAGCUGCUCCUCCAGGAGCCGGCCCACCUGUGCGAGUACUAUCAGCCCACAGCCCUGCUUCGAGAUGCUGAGGAGGGGGAGUUCCUCCUCAGCUUCCUGCAGGGACUAACAUCCUUAUCCUUCGAGCUCUCCUACAAGUCCGCCAUCUUAAACGAGUGGACGCUUACCCCGCUGGCUCUCUCUGGGCUUUGCCCGCUCUCUGAGCUCGACCCCCUCACUACCUCCAGGACAGAACUACAGCGGAAGGAGUCUCUGGAUUCAAUUUCCCAUUCCUCAGGCUCGGAGGACAUCGAAGUCCAGCACUCAGGCCACAAGAUCCGACGGAACAGGAAGCUCACGGCCUCCUCGCUCAGCCUGGACACAGCCAGUUCGUCCCAGCUGUCUUGCAGCCUAAACUCUGAUAGCUGCCUACUCCAAGAGAAUGGCUGCAAGAGUCCAGACCGUUCUGAGGAGCCCAUGUCCUACGACUCAGACCUGGGGACAGCAAAUGCUGAGGAUUCAGACCCAUCUCUGCAAGAGGUGUUGUCGGAAUUCAGCAAAGCCCAGGUAAACUCUGUGCCAACCAGCGGACUGAGCGGACUCAGCGGAGAAGCGGAGAUUCCUACAGGGCGGGCCUCACCCUCCCUCCCCGGCCCAGAGGCCAGCAUCCCGUGUGAUGUGCCCGCAGAGCCCCUCCCGGCCCAGGCAUCCCCUGCCACUCAAGACGGGCACCGCAAGCAGGAGCCGCCUGCCCAGGCACCUGGCACCCUGGGCCUGCAGCAGUCAGGCACUGCCCAAGCUGUCCCUUCGGGAAGUGCUUCGGGCCAGCAGCCUGCCAGUCCCGUGAGAGAGGUGGCCAGAGCGAUGGCCCGGGGGAGUGGCCAGCAGAAGCCCCCGGAGGAUGACAGAGCUGCGUGGAGCCUUGGGGUGUCCUCACCCACCAGUCCGAAAAGCAAGAGCUGGAUCUCAGAGGAUGACUUCUACCGGCCUACCCAGGAGCCGCCCCCAGAGAGCCCCUCAGAACGCUCUGUGGCUCCUUCCGGAGGGACGCCAGAGUCGAGGCCUGGUCUCCUCCGGCAUUUUUCUCAAGGACCAAGAAAAAGCUUCUCCACGGGGGCCUUAGACAAAGCCUGUGUGCCUUCCCCAGGAGGCAGUAAAAGCCAGGCAGCCGCGGCGCCGGAGCAUAAGAACUUCAGGGUGGUGCACCGCCGGCAGAUGGGACUGUCCAACCCAUUCCGGGGCCUCAUGAAGCUGGGCACCGUGGAGCGGCGGGGGGCCAUGGGCAUUUGGAAGGAACUUUUCUGUGAGCUCUCGCCUCUGGAGUUCCGCCUCUACCUGAACACCGAGGAGCGCACCUGCGUGGAGACCUGCUCGCUACUGCGCUGCGAAUCUGUGGGGCCGGCGCACAGCGAUGGCCGCUUUGAGCUGGUCUUCUCCGGCAGGAAGCUGGCCCUGCGGGCCUCCUCCCAGGACGAAGCCGAGGACUGGCUGGACCGCGUGCGGGAGGCCCUGCAGAAGUGCCGGCCACAGCAGGAGGAUGAGUGGGUGAACAUCCAGUACCCCGAACAGCCUGACGACCCCCCGGAUGCCCCUCAGGGUGGCCUCCCCUCCCACCCAGACCUGCUCCCCGAGCCUGACACCCUCCAGGGCACACAGUUCUGCUGGUCCUCUGCCCAAGUUCCCGAGCCAGAUGCUAUUAAAGAAUCCCUUCUGUACCUGUACACGGAUGGGACCUGGAUGCCCUAUAUUUUUUCCCUCUCCUUGGAGUCUCUGAAAUGCUUCCGAGUGAGAAACAAUGAGAAGAUGUUAAGUGACAGCCAUGGAAUUGAGACCAUCCGAGACAUCCUGCCAGACACAAGCCUCGGGGGCCCCUCCUUCUUCAAAAUCAUCACGGCCAAGGCCGUCCUGAAGCUGCAGGCCGGGAGCGCCGAGGAAGCCGCCCUGUGGAGGGAUCUGGUGCGCAAGGUCCUGGCGUCCUACUUGGAGAUGGCCGAGGAGGCCGUGACCCUGGGCGGGAGUCUGGACGAAAACUGUCAGGAGGUGCUGAAGUUCGCCACGCGGGAGAACGGCUUCCUACUGCAGUACCUGGUGGCCAUCCCCACGGAGAAAGGCCUGGACUCCCAGGGCUGCUUCUGUGCAGGCUGCUCCCGACAGAUUGGCUUCUCGUUUGUACGACCCAAGCUUUGUGCCUUCUCUGGCCUCUAUUACUGUGACAUCUGCCACCAAGAUGAUGCCUCGGUGAUUCCGGCCAGGAUCAUCCACAACUGGGACCUCACCAAGCGCCCGAUCUGCCGGCAGGCCCUGAAGUUCCUGACGCAGAUCCGGGCCCAGCCCCUCAUCAACCUGCAGCUGGUGAACGCCUCGCUGUACGAGCACGUGGAGCAGAUGCACCUCAUCCGGAGAUGCCGGGAACAGCUGAAGCUUCUGGGGGAUUACCUGGGCCUGUGCCGAAGUGGGGCCCUGAAGGAGCUGAGCAAGAGGCCUGGCGGCCCCCACCCUUGCCCUCCACAGAUCGCAGACGGGGUGUACGUCGGGUUCCUCAAUGCCCUCAUCGGAUUCGCCUCCCAGCACGUCUACCACUGCGACCUGUGCACCCAGCGUGGCUUCAUCUGCCAGAUCUGCCACCACCACGACAUCAUCUUCCCCUUCGAGUUUGACACCACGGUCAGGUGUGGCGAGUGCAAGACAGUCUUCCACCAGAGCUGCCAGGCCGUGGUGAAGAAGGGCUGCCCCCGCUGUGCCCGCUGGCGCAGGUACCAGGAGCAGAGCACGCUCAGCUAA